AAUCCAGAUACUUUCACUCUCUCAAAGCUCUAAAGUACAAUGGCAGUGAUUUCAUGCCAGAAAUUCCCAACUCCCUCUCUCUCAUUUCUCCGUUUUCAAUCCUCCUCUCUCUUUCCAUUGCAUUCCUCUCUCUCAUUCUCUUCUUUCUCUUCUUCUCCUUGCUUUGAUUUUCCUUGUAUUCGUUCUUUCUCGAGGCUUCAUGCGCAAGUUGGAAACAAGAGCACAGAACAAGCUCCUGAUUCCAAUCCCAAGGUUGGAGUCUCUGUAUACAAGCCCAAAUCCUACCAAGUCCUCGUCUCCGACGCUGUGAAUUCUCUCGCUCGCGCACUCGAAGAUGGAAAGACCCGCCUUGAGAUUGAUUUCCCGCCGUUGCCCAGCAACGUUUCCUCUUACAAGGGCUCUUCAGAUGAGUUCAUUGAUGCCAAUAUCCAACUUGCCAUAGCUGUUGUUAGGAAGCUUGGAGAAAUGAAGGGAACCAGGGCUUGCAUUGUGUUUCCUGACAAGCCGGAAAAGCGAAGGGCUUCUCAGCUGUUCAGGACCACUCUUGAAACAGUUAGCAGUAUUACCAUUGGUUCCUUGGAUGAUAUACCUCGUGGGCCUGUCACCAAUUUCUUCAAAUCUAUAAGAAACACCUUAGAUUUUGAUUUUGCAGAUGAAGAUGAAGAUGCAGGUCGUUGGAGGUCUGAUGAGCCACCAUCACUGUUUGUAUUUAUUAAUUGUAGUACUGGUGACCUUUCUGUUAUAGAGGAGUAUGUGGAAAGAUUUGCUCAAUCCAUCCCAGUUCUUCUUUUUAAUUUGGAACUGGACACUUUGCGUGCUGACUUAGGCCUUUUGGGGUUUCCCACCAAAGAUUUGCAUUACCGGUUUCUUUCUCAGUUCACUCCUGUGUUCUACAUUCGAAUAAGAGAGUACUCAAAGACCGUUGCAAUUGCACCAUACAUUGUAAACUACAGCGGAGCCCUCUUUCGCCAAUAUCCUGGGCCCUGGCAGGUGAUGCUCAAACAAGCUGAUGGUUCCUAUGCUUGUGUAGCUGAAAGUGCAACUCGUUUCACGUUGGGGGAGACAAAGGAAGAACUGUUGCGGGUUCUUGGAUUACAAGAGGAACAAGGAAGUUCCCUGGAAUUUCUCAGAAGAGGCUACAAGAGUGCUACAUGGUGGGAAGAAGAUGUUGAUUUAGAGUCAUCUUCUGCAUGGCGAAGUUAAGCAAUGAUGAAUGGCCUUUCUUAAAUGAGAGCCACAUGACGAUGAAGUGGGCAUCGAUGAGACCAACAACUUUCCAAGAGAACAGAGAGGCUUGAUCAAACAAGCCCCUAAAUAUUACCAGGGUGCAGAGCGCAUUUUCAUCCAUCAUGUGUUUUCCUUCUAUGUAUUAGUCUGCAGCUUACCUUGAUUGUUCUCUGCAAUGAUCAUUUAAUUCUUUUCCUUUCCUUUCCUAUUCGUGUUAGAGAAGACAUUCUUAUA